AGCAGAAGGAAUUAAAUGCCCGCCCAUCUCAUCAGACUUGGCCGCUCCCUCCUCCUCCUCGCCCUCCCCCUGCUCGCUGCCUCCUCCUCCCGGUCCCCACAGGCUCUGCCUCGGGACUUCGUGCCAGCGACUCGCGGAGCCAAGCUCGGGCUCAGUGCGCUCAGAGCACAGCAGGGCUGACGCCCAGAGCUUACUCUGAGAUGGCAGUGAAGUAAAGGGAACCUCUAAGAGACACUGUGACUCUAGGCUGAGCAGGAGAGCCUGCUGCUCCUCCAGGCGGGGACAUGGGGGACCCGUCCUACAGCGAGAAGCCGCGACUGCACUACGCGGGUGACUUCACCUGGAACAGCAUGUCUGGCCGCAGCGUGCGCCUGAGGUCAGUCCCCAUCCAGAGCCUCUCGGAGCUGGAGCGGGCACGGCUGCAGGAAGUGGCUUAUUCUCAGCUGCAACAGGACUGUGACCUGGGCUGUCAGAUCACCAUCCCCAAAGAUGGACAAAAGAGAAAGAAAUCAUUGAGAAAGAAACUGGAUUCCCUAGGGAAGGAGAAGAACAAAGACAAAGAAUUUAUUCCACAGGCGUUUGGGAUGCCCUUAUCCCAAGUCAUUGCUAAUGACCGUGCAUAUAAGCUAAAACAAGACUUGCAGAGGGAGGAGCAAAAGGAUACAUCUGAGUUUGGGUCUUUCCUCCUUCCAUUUGGGAAUAAAAGACAAAACAAAGAACUCUCAAGCAGUAACUCAUCUCUCAGCUCAACCUCAGAAACACCAAAUGAGUCCGUAUCACCUAAUACUCCGGAACCGGCUCCUCGGGUUAGGCGAAGGGGUGCCAUGUCAGUGGAUUCCAUCACGGAUCUGGAUGACAACCACUCUCGACUCCUAGAAGCUUUGCAACUCUCCCUGCCUGCUGACGCUCAUAAUAAAAAAGAAAAGGCCAGAGAUAAGAGGCUGAGUCUGAAUCCUAUUUACAGGCAGGUCCCCAGGCUGGUGGACAGCUGCUGCCAGCAUCUGGAGAAAUAUGGCCUCCAGACAGUGGGGAUAUUUCGAGUUGGAAGUUCAAAAAAGAGAGUAAGACAACUGCGUGAGGAAUUUGACCGUGGGAUUGAUGUCUGUCUGGAAGAGGAGCACAGUGUUCAUGAUGUGGCAGCCUUGUUGAAGGAGUUCCUUAGGGACAUGCCUGACCCCCUUCUCACCAGGGAGCUCUACACAGCAUUCAUUAACACUCUCUUGUUGGAGCCAGAGGAACAACUGGGCACCUUGCAACUCCUCGUUUACCUUCUACCUCCCUGCAACUGCGACACCCUCCACCGCCUCCUACAGUUCCUCUCCAUUGUGGCCAGCCACGCCGAUGACAGUGUCAACAACGAUGGACAAGAGAUCACUGGGAACAAAAUGACAUCUCUGAACUUGGCCACCAUAUUUGGGCCCAACCUGCUCCACAAACAGAAGUCAUCAGACAAAGAAUAUUCCGUGCAGAGCUCAGCCAGAGCCGAAGAGAGCACAGCCAUCAUCGCAGUGGUACAGAAGAUGAUUGAAAACUAUGAAACCCUGUUCAUGGUUUCCCCGGAUCUCCAGAACGAAGUGCUGAUCAGCCUUCUGGAGACAGAUCCAGAUGUCGUGGACUACCUGCUCAGAAGAAAGGCUUCCCAAUCCUCGAGCCCUGACAUGCUGCAGUCGGAGGACGUUUCCUUUUCCAUGGGAGGGAGGCAUUCAUCUACAGAUUCCAACAAGGCCUCCAGCGGAGACAUCUCCCCUUAUGACAACAACUCCCCAGUGCUGUCUGAGCGCUCCCUGCUGGCUAUGCAAGAGGACAGGGCCCGGGGGGGCUCGGAGAAACUUUAUAAAGUGCCAGAGCAGUAUACAUUGGUGGGCCACUUGCCAUCGCCAAAGUCGAAGUCAAGAGAAAGUUCUCCAGGACCAAGGCUUGGAAAAGAUAUGUCUGAGGAGCCUUUCAAUAUCUGGGGAACUUGGCAUUCAACACUAAAAAGUGGCUCCAAGGACCCCGGAAUGACAGGUUCCUAUGGAGACAUUUUUGAAAGUAGCUCCCUGCGACCGAGGCCCUGUUCCCUUUCUCAAGGGAACCUAUCCCUGAAUUGGCCUCGAUGUCAAGGGAGCCCCACAGGGCUGGACAAUAGCACUCAGGUCAUUCGGAGGACUCAGACGGCGACCACUGUGGCACAGUGCAGUGUCCACCUUCCUGUGUCGCGUGUCUGCAGCACUCCCCACAUCCUGGGUGGUGGCAGGGGGUCCAGGCGGCCUGCAGCCAGGUCUGAGCCAUUCUUGUCCCUAAACAGCACAGAAGACAUGGCUGAGGGCGAGGUGGAAGUGUACCAGAGACCUCAGCCUGUGUACCAGAGACCUCAGGAGAGUGGCAGAGAUGACAGGCGCCCCCCUCCUCCUUACCCGGGAUCAGGGAAGCCUGCUGUGACCUCGGCCCACCAGCCCUCUGAGCCUCCCCUGUGGAGGCUCCAGAGGCAUGAAGAUUCGGGAACAGCCGCAGAAGGAGGCCAACAGGCCUCAGGAAAGCAUCCGGCCAGACCAAAAAAACUGAGCAGCGCCUAUUCCCUCUCAGCCAGUGAGCAGGAGGACAAACAGAACUUGGAGGAGGCCAGCUGGCUCGACUGGCAGCGAGAGCGGUGGCAGAUUUGGGAGCUCCUGUCAACUGACAAUCCCGACGCCCUCCCAGAAACCCUGGUAUGAGCCCACCCGCCAGCAGCUGGAGCCCACCCUCCAAAAACCAUCCUUUUCCGGACCAGACCCGGGAAACUUGCCGAUGGACAAUUGGACAAUUACUCAUUUUUAUUUUUAUUUUUGUUUUUCCACACGUUGAAAAAUCAACACAAGAGAAAGUCAGUCCACUUACAGAGAAGCCCUCCUACCCUUACCAUUUAUUGUAAAAUCCUAUUGCAUAGCCAGCCUUAGGAAAACAAACAAACAAACACGACAAUACCCAACCUUAAAACUACCCACAUUGGCUCUAUAUAAGGUCAAACUCUUGCUUUAAUAUAGCUUAAUUAUAUUUGUGUCUUCAAUUUUGACUAUUGUGUAUUCUGUAACAGAUUAUAUGUGAUAAUAUGAUACAUUCACUGAAAAGACAGAACAAUUAAAAAAAUCACUGCACUUAUAUUACACCAUGAGAUAUAUUAAGCAGCAAAAUUCUAUAGAAUAUUCUAGAAUAUGCACAAGCGGGUUUCUGUGCUUUUUGCCAUCGCUUUUUCACGGGACAGUCCUCCCUUCAAUGCCUAAGAACAAUACUAACCAAGCAGAACAGAAUCUGAGAAGCCAUAUUUUUGUACGGAACUGAGAAACAAAAGUUUUAGACACUGAAUGCUUUUUCAUAGUGAACAAGUUUUAAGGAAAUAUUAAAUUUGAUACGUUGAGAAAUAUAUUUUUAGAAACUGUUUAGAAAGAACUCAGCAAACCAAAGGAGAGAAAAGCAGUGCCUAAUAGUACUUAAGAACAUGUCCAUCCCAUUCUAGAUCAAAUUCAAUUCUCCAUAGGCCACUUAUAGUACAUAUUUAUAAUGUGGAACUUUGAUGUAUUUUUCAAAACUACAAACUGGAAUCCAACUACAAAAAGUUUUAAAAUCUGAAUACACAUUCAAAUUAUACAACCUCAUUCCCCCCUCUGCCCUAUUAGCUCAAUUACAAACAAUUCUCUGUAAAUUAAAUCCUAUCGGGGGAGGGGGCAAAAACCAGCUACAUAUUCGCGCUUACAAUAUGCCAAAGGCUGAAAAAUGUGUCUUCAGUAAUUUUAUGUGUAUUGUAAUGUGUUACUACUACCUUACUUCAGCAAUUUGAAGUGUUACAACUGCAAAACCACUUUUGACCAGCAGGUGGCAGUUUGCUUCAGUAUUUUCUGAUUCAUUUCACAUCAGAACAGUGUACUAUGUUAACAA